AUGCCGUCGAUACCCCUCCAUCCUCACGCGUCGAGCUCUCCCCUUCACACCCAAAACCCACUCCCCCAAAUCCUACAGACGCCCUCGGGUCUGGCAAUCCUCGAACUACAAGGCACAAUUAACCUCCCAUCCCUCGACGAUCAGGGCGCGGUCCCUCGCCCCGCCGACGCCAAAGAUCCCGACGCUGCCAUAACCGCGUUCGAGACACCGAUUGGCAAACUCAUGUUCCCUGACUACUCGCCGCAAACCACGUCACCGGACGACACGAAAUGGAUGAAGCGAGUCUAUCUAUAUGUCGGCCGGUACCAGCGGAUGACGGGGGAAGUGAAGAAACUGGCGCAGCCACUCGCGUUGGUGCAGAAGCGUAAGAAGCGUCCCGACGACGACGACGACAGGACCGCCGAGUCCGAGGGCGAGGAAUUGGAGAUUGUGGAGAUCAUCAAGUACAAGCUGUUGUUCAAGAAUCGGCCGGAGCCAGUCAAUGAUAGUUGA